GCUGUCGCCAAUCAUUACUCAACACCUUCCACCAUGCUUUGUUCUUCUUCUUCUUCUUCAUCUUCAUCAAUCGUCGACGCAGACCCUGAGGUUUGACUUGCAGGUGGAGCCAUUUCGCUCACUUUUCUCUCACCUUCGUCAUCCUCCUCAGUCGAUUAUUCCCAUUUCGACUCUUGAUUGGACUGCCCAUCAGGCCAUUACUGCCUAAAUCGCAUUUUUUUUUCCGAUUCGGACACACCAUGUCCCAUUCAUUUGCGUACCAUAGAACAGGAAACACGACAAUGAGGUCGAGAGUCCAUGUUUCUUUCGUGUCUCGAGCCUCCGUUCUUGCCCAUGAAGUCCUCCUUGGUCCUCUAGAUCACUUAGCGCUCGCUCUCGCUCCCAUUCAGUGAAGUUUUCUCUAACUGGCGAUCUCUGGCUUUAGUUUUGUUGUUCGAUUUUGGGAUCGGGAACUGCGGUCGUAGGCGCCGCGCCGAACGGGAUCGGACCCGUGCUUUGACGCGUGGCUGAGUCGUAGUCUUAGCCUGCUCCGGCCUUUGUUCUGGCGAGUGGUGAUUUUGGCUUCUGGAGAUCCCUAUAUCGAACUCUAGAGUUUGCAGCUUGUACUGUAUCCGGAGAUUCUUGGUCGAUUCCGAUAGUGGUUUUGCUAGCGUAUUUAGCUUUAUUGGGAGGGAAGCUACUUGUUAAUUCUCUAUCUAAAGUUUCCCUCUCGCGAUUUAGCGUUGCCAUUUCUCUGACGAUUGGUCUUCUGUGUACACAUUGAAUCGCCUGUGCCCUGUCAAAGUAAGCAUCCUCUUGUUACCGGAUAAACGGUCACAUAGUAAUUGAUUUGUCCCUUGGGUAAUCCAAUUCCGGUUCUUACACAAGCUUCCGGAGUCUCUAUUCUAGGAUCCAAGCAUGACCACUUCACCAGCACUCUAUGUCCUUUAAUUCAUUUGGAGUGGAGAUUUGCACACUUCCUAUUGUCCUGGCUGGCAUGCUUGUGUUCUAGGCAUAGGCACCCAUGUCAUUGAUAUGCGGCCUCCCUCUCCUCGAGUGCGUCUACUGUCUGGCAUGCGCUCGUUGGGCAUGGAAGCGAUGUCUCCAUACUGCAGGUCAUGACAGCGAAACUUGGGGCCAUGCCAGUGCUGAAGAAUUUGAGCCCAUUCCUCGUCUUUGCCGCUACAUUCUAGCUGUUUAUGAAGAUGAUUUGUGGCACCCACUUUGGGAACCCCAGGGAGGUUAUGGAAUAAACCCUGAUUGGUUGUUUCUGCGAAAAGAUUAUGCAGAUACACGAGGACAGGCGCCUCCUUAUAUACUGUAUGUUGAUCACGAUCACGCAGACAUAGUUCUUGCCUUUAGGGGUUUAAACAUGGCAAAAGAGAGUGACUAUGCAGUGCUCUUGGAUAAUAAAUUGGGCAAAAGGAAGUUUGAUGGUGGCUAUGUUCAUAAUGGGUUACUAAAGGCUGCUGCAUGGGUAUUGGAUGCAGAAUGUGAGGCCUUGAAGGAAUUGUUGGCGAAGUACCCUAAUUACACAUUGACUUUUGCUGGACAUUCGUUAGGUUCUGGUGUUGCAGCAUUGUUGACGAUGGUCGUUGUGAGAAAUCUUGACAAGCUGGGUAAUAUCGAAAGGAAGCGAGUCAGAUGCUAUGCCAUCGCACCUGCCCGGUGCAUGUCCCUGAACUUGGCAGUCAGAUAUGCAGAUGUCAUCAACUCUGUUGUGCUCCAGGAUGAUUUUUUACCACGAACAGCUACACCCUUGGAAGACAUCUUCAAGUCACUUUUCUGUUUGCCAUGUCUCCUGUGCUUGAGGUGCAUGAGGGAUACCUGCAUUCCAGAGGAAAAGAUGCUGAAAGAUCCCAGAAGACUUUAUGCACCCGGUCGCCUCUAUCAUAUAGUUGAGAGAAAGCCUUUCAAGAUGGGACGAUUUCCCCCAGUUGUAAGGACAGCAGUGCCCGUGGAUGGGAGGUUUGAACACAUAGUUCUAUCUUGCAAUGCGACUUCUGACCAUUCCAUCAUAUGGAUAGAGAGAGAAGCCCAGAGGGCUCUUGAUCUGAUGCUUGAGAAAGAUCAUAUCAUGGAAAUUCCAGUCAAGCAACGGAUGGAGCGGCAGGAAACAAUAGUCAGAGAACACUCGGAGGAGUACAAGGCUGCUUUGAAGAGGGCAGUUACUUUGGCUGUUCCCCAUGCUUAUUCACCUUCUCAGUAUGGCACUUUUGAUGAUCCGGAAGAAGGGCAAGAUUCGUCCAAAUCCGAUGGUGGCUCAUCUGCUGGCUCGUCCAAAAGGGAGAAAAAGAAUGAAAGCUGGGAUGUAGUGAUUGAGCGUCUCUUCGACAAAGACGAAUCAGGUCACAUGAUCUUUAAGAAAUCUCAUCAUCAAGAAGAUUGAUUGUGCGAAUCGAAGGAAAUUAACUUUCGAGUAAACGAGUCCUGUUCAAUAGUUCCAUUGAUUUAUUUGUACUUCAUUUCCGCUAAUGGUUGUAAGAUAUUGGUUUGGCUGAGCACUUAUCAAGUUGCUGAGCUUCGGUAAGUAACUAGAAGACAGUGAGGGCCGAAGAACAGAAAAAUUACUUGGUUAAGUUUUAGCGAUCAUGUACGAAACGGGAUGAAGAGAAUAUAGAACAAUAAAUUAAGAGUGAUGGUGCUUCGAUCUCUGACCUUAUUUGGAGUCAAAGAACAUCGGGUCAUUUUGAUUCA